GGCAUUUGAAAAAGCGCAGGAGCCACUUAGGUCUAAACUUAAAACGUACAGGCUUAUUACUGUAAUCUUUACUAAUCAGCCUUUUUCUGGGAGCUUCACGGACAUUCCUUUAAAUUGUUUACUUAUAUGUAAACAAAAUUUUCAAGAUUAUUUUGGACAUGUAUUUGCUUACCGUGCUGCAUUUGCAAUGACAAGGGAUAACAACCCUAAUGUUCUUAAUCCUGAUCGUUUAUGUACGACGCUUAAACUUCCUAAACUACUCUCCAGUGAAAUUAGUCGAAAAAGGCCUUUUAGAACCGUUAAGAUGAUGAUAUUUUUUCCUUAUGGAAAUGAUGUAAGAGAUUUAGAUUCAUCAAAGAAGCUGCGUAUUGAUCCUGAAUGUCAAAGGAUGAGUAAUGUUAAAUUAAAUAACACAGAUAAGGAAAAUUUUGUGGUUUCAAUGAUUCAAUUAAACAUCAAAAGAA